AGUCGAGGGUUCCUCGUCGAGGGUUUGGAAAACGGAAUGAAACAAAAGUUUAAUGAUAUACUGUUAUCGAUUUGUAAUCAAAAAUAUUGUAAAUGUUUCUAUAAUAUUUCAGUCAUAGAGUGCAAUUUUGUCUUUUAAAGGGAGACUUCUCAAGAAGAUCUACAUUGUAUGUGUCCCCUACCUUGUUUUUUGCCUUUCCAUGCGGAGGAUAAUGUGUGAGCACUGCCAGCAGCCCAUGAUCCGUGCCACAAACACACACCAAUGCACAAGACAAACAAUUACGGCCGCACACAAGGACAGGCGCCGAGGAGAGAGGCAGGACACGAGUGGAAAAGAGGACCCAUGCCCCUUCCCCGCUUUCCAAAGGGGCCCCAGGUCGUGGGGGACUAGGAAUAACAUUUUAUUUUUCCGUAUUCUCUGUCUCUCAACUAUUUAUGAGGUCCAGUUGUUUGUGCAGUUUGAUUAUUUUGCUGCCAGCAGAGCCACGUUACCUGUGACUUUUCAUAAUUCAACAUUUUAGGCCGCCUCACACACACACACACGCAGAACAAUAGAUGGGGAGCGGGAUCGCAGCGGGAAUAGCCUGCUGUUCGAGUGAGCUUGGAAUAUUUAUUCAAACAUGUGCUGUGUGUUUCCUUUUUUUCAAUUAAAAAUUGCUUACUGCAUCUACACAGGCAUAAAAAAUAAAAUGCACAGGCAACCAGCCAUAAAUGAAAUUGAUUUCAUUUGUAUAAAUUGAAAUUGUUUUCAACAGGGUCGGGCGCCCAGACUGUCGGCUUCCAGCUUAUGAAUAAAUUUCAACAACGAGACAGUGAGAGGAGUAUCCCACGCAGACCGACAGAUUGGAAGGUGAAGACGGGAGAAUUCAGAAAAUCAGGAAUAUUACCUGAAAACCGCAUGGAUGGAGGAAGAUUGUUGAAGGCAUUGUGGCUGCCACUGUUGCACAAGUAUUUUAUUGUGGUAAUCGAGAAAGCUGUUGUUAACAGUUGCCCCAUGAUGACGAUAAUGACGAUGAUGAUGGAGCAGUAGCACUUGCAGUAGCAGCUGGAGCUGGUGCAGCAGCAGGAUGUGAAGUUGGCAAGUUGUGAGAGUGAAAUGCGAGACAUGUCCCCCGAAAAUCCUUGAGGCUUCGUCCUGGCAAGAUAUGUUGGGCCAAGGGGUGGCGGGUUGGGGGUGUCCUAUUGUCGAUGAACCCAAAAGUUGUCCCAGCCAUGCACAAGUUAUGUACAUUCAGAGAAAUAUGUGCUGAUCACUUUGACCUAAUGAAAUGGAUAAGGGGCUGCAAAGGAGGAGCAUGUGCACACACGAGAACCAGCCCAAUUUGAGGUAUCGAAGGAAUGUCGGGGCAUGUCAGUCUCGUCCUGGAACACCUGCGUCUCCCCGUUUCCGCCAGGUGACAGAACAUUCUCCUUGCGAAGUGCGGCCAUAUCCGGAGCAAGUGUUUGUUGCGUGUUGCCGCGAGAUGCACCACCUGAAGCACCUGCCCAGGCGCAGCCCAGCCCAACCACCCAAUUGAAGCCGGGACGGGAUCAAUCUCAAUUACCUCAGUUCCGAAGCAGUUCAAGUUUGAGCGGUGCAGCUUGAGGUCGCUUAUGGAACUAACUUGGCCAGGACUUUGCGCUCAUUAGGGACGGCAAAGAAUUGUCAGAAACGAUUCACGAUAGGCGAUAAGCGACGAAACGAUAAACGAUAAAGAAGCGAUCACUCCAUUGGACAGGCUCUAUCUUGUUAAAAAGCUGAAAAUGACGCUGCAGUUGAGCAGCCAAAAUGGCAUUUGUCCUGUCCCACAACAGGCUUAUUACCAUCGCCAGCACCGCCACCAUGGCCAGGAGUCGAAGCCAAAGUUGAGACAGGACCAAAGCCAAGUCCUUCAAGGACACUCGAUGCCGUUGCUGCCAGUGAUGCUGCUCCUGCUGAUGGCAACCCUACUGACUCGCCCACUUUGCGUAAUUUCCAAUCGUCUGUCGGACACGAAGCUGCACGAGAUCUACCUGGACGACAAGGAGAUCAAGCUGAGCUGGAUGGUGGACUGGUACAAGCAGGAGGUGCUAUUCCAUCUGCAGAACGCUUUCAAUGAGCAGCACCGAUGGUUCUAUCUGGGAUUCUCGAAGCGCGGCGGGCUCGCCGAUGCGGAUAUUUGCUUUUUCGAGAAUCAGAAUGGAUUCUUCAACGCCGUUACUGACACCUACACCAGUCCGGACGGGGGCUGGGUGCGCCGGGACUAUCAGCAGGACUGUGAGGUCUUCAAGAUGGACGAGUUUACACUGGCCUUCAAACGGAAGUUCGACACCUGCGAUCCCCUGGAUUUGCGACUCCAUGAGGGAACCAUGUACGUGGUAUGGGCCCGGGGCGAGUCCGAGCUGGCUCUGGAGGAUCACCAGUUCGCCCUGCCCAAUGUCACGGCUCCCCACGAGGCCGGCGUCAAGAUGCUGCAGUUGCUCCGCGCCGACAAGAUACUCAUUCCCGAGAACGAUCUGGACCAGUUUGAGAUCACCCUGAAGGAGGCACCCAUACCCGCCGAGGAGACUACCUACUGGUGCCAUGUCCAGCGCCUGGACAGCGUCGUCCAGCGGCGCCACCACAUCGUCCAGUUCGAGCCGCUGAUCAAGACGCCCGGCAUCGUCCACCACAUGGAGGUGUUCCAUUGCGAGGCAGGGGAGCACGAGGAGAUCCCCCUUUACAAUGGCGACUGCAAGGAGCUUCCGGCGCGGGCCAAGGUCUGCUCCAAGGUGAUGGUUUUGUGGGCCAUGGGAGCCAGUACGUUUACCUAUCCCCCGGAGGCGGGCUUGCCCAUCGGCGGUCCUGGCUUCAAUCCCUACGUGCGGCUCGAAGUUCACUUCAACAAUCCGGACAAGCAAGCAGGUCUCGUGGACAACUCCGGCUUCCGCAUCAAGAUGUCGAAGAGACUGCGGCAGUACGAUGCCGCUGUGAUGGAACUGGGACUGGAGUACACCGACAAGAUGGCCAUCCCGCCGGGGCAGACGGCCUUCCCGCUGAGCGGUUACUGUGUGGCGGACUGCACCCGGGCCGCCCUGCCCUCCACCGGCAUCAUAAUCUUCGGCUCCCAGCUGCACACCCACUUGCGGGGCGUGCGCGUCCUGACCCGCCACUUUCGCGGCGAGCAGGAGCUGCGCGAGGUGAACCGGGACGAUUACUACUCGAAUCACUUCCAGGAGAUGCGCACCCUGCACUACAAGCCGCGCGUCCUGCCGGGAGAUGCUUUGGUCACCACUUGCUACUACAACUCGCUGCAGGACAAGAGCACCGCCCUCGGAGGAUUCUCCAUCAGCGACGAGAUGUGCGUCAACUACAUCCACUACUAUCCGGCUACCAAGCUGGAGGUCUGCAAGAGCUCCGUAUCCGAGGAGACGCUGGAGAACUAUUUCAUCUACAUGAAGCGCAAGGAGCACCAGCAUGGCAUCCACCUGAACGGAGCCAGAUCCGCCAACUACCGGAGCAUCGAGUGGAGCCAGCCCAGGGUGGACCAGCUCUAUACCAUGUACAUCCAGGAGCCGCUCAGCAUGCAGUGCAAUAGGUCGGACGGCGCUCGCUUUGAGGGGCGCAACUGGGAGGGCGUGGCCCCGACGCCCGUCCAAAUCAGGAUCCCCAUCCACCGGAAGCUCUGUCCCAACUACAAUCCCCUCUGGCUGAAGCCGCUGGAGAAGGGAGACUGCGAUCUGCUCGGCGAGUGCAUCUACUAAGGAUCAGGAUCUACUAAGGAGGAUAUCUGGCGGGGGCAUGGCAUCACACACACACCCACACCCACACACACACAGCUAUUAAUCGAGCCUGUGUGACUAAAUGCAGGCACUCACACACACACAUUCACAAUUGCACGGAUAGCCGAAGGACAUUUUUAAUUUUGGGCCGCAGUCGAACUUAGAACUCCUUAGAGAGUUAGGCUUGUGUUCUGUUAUCCUUUUUAGUUCAUCCUGUCCAGUGACCACUGUAGUUAUCCUUUUUUGAUGCCGCCCAAUGAAAGCUGUUGGCCAAAACAAAUGUUUUCACUCUUUUUAAAUAACUAAUGCAUUUGCCCAGCCACGCCUCCUUUGGGCCACCUGUUUCGGCCCUGCCUCCAACCUCCAGUCACCAGCCCCGACCCACCCAUAUCCUUUUCUCGUCCUUAGCAUUUAUGAUAUGCCCUUUGCCCUUGUUGUCCUGGCCAUCCUUUGAAAUUUGCCGACUGACAGCGCCGCCAGGCUAAACGUUUAAUACAAAGCAGCUUACACACUCACACACAUCCCCACCAACACACAUGCACACGCACACGCACAAAAGCACCACUAACACACACAGACAACCCAGUACACUGAAAACCAUUCCCAGUUCACAUUUCACUUAAAAAAUGGGAUUUAAUCUUAUACCUGAGUUGUCUGUUUAUUAUUUAUGUGUUCCUUGUUAUCUAUUUCACAUGUCCUUAAGAACCAAUGUUCUUAGUUUCGGAGUGCAUGCGAAAUGUGUAGCAUACUUUUCGGUCUCAGAUGUACAAUUAAAUGGCCAACUCGAAUGGGAGGAACGGCAAGGGAGCGGAGCGGAAAAGCGGAAAGGAAAUGGUCCAAAGCCGUCGAAAACGAAGGCCAAGACCCCGCCCCCACCACCGCCCUUUCUCCCGCCAACGCCAAAGGCCAAUGGCGCUGUUUAUACAAAAUAAAUGAGCAAACUUUUCCAGCAGCCAAGUCUAAUUACCAAGAAGCCCCACAAGAAGAGGGCACUGAGCCAAAACCGUAUACCCUUUCAAGUGCAAGGGAUUGCGGCUUGUUCGGGAAUAGCUCGAAUUUUGUUUUGAGUGUAGAGCGGAAGGGAAAUGUGGAAACUUUUCGGACCACUACUAGCAAUUGGCAGGACAUGCAAGGACCUGGAAGAUGGGCUACCAGCAGCCAGGAGCCCUCGAUCCUUCAUUCAAAUCAGUAGCUAGUAGCUAUUAACUAUUACUAUUUGUAUUAGUUAUUAUCCUUUUUUUUUAAUGAUAUCCCUCGCACACACACACACACAUAUACACAUACACGAACAUACAUAUGAGUAAACAUGUAAUGGAUACGUUUUUGUAAGUGUAGCCAACAUAUGUAAGAUGUGAUAAUUGUUCUAUGGCUAUAAAAGAAAUAUAUAUACACAUAAAUAUAUAAACUAUGUAGAUGAAAUAUUUAUAAAAACGGCAAGCGGAAAAUCUAAAAAAAAAAAAGUAUAAAAAAAUACACAAAACCACAAAAAGCAGAGACAAAAAAAAAGUAAAAUGUAUAAUUUAUCUAAUAAAAACUGACCACCAU